UAGGCAAAUGGAGGAAUGAACCUACUUAGAAUUACUCCUUCAGCUCAUAGUUCUUUUUCGUAUCAACUGUUAAGGCUUAGCAUCUUUCUACUGCUUAGCCUUCCUGACUCAAAAGGAAAAGCCAUUUGGACAGCUCACCUGAAUAUAACAUUUCAGGUAGGAAGUCAGGUUAUAUCAGAAUUAGGAGAGAGUGGAGUGUUCGGGAAUCAUUCUCCUCUGGAAAGGGUGUCUGGUGCGGUGGUACUUCCCGAAAGAUGGAAUCAGAACGCUUGUAAUCCUUUGACCAAUUUCAGCAGGCCUGAACAGGCCGACUCGUGGCUGGCACUCAUUGAACGGGGAGGCUGUACUUUUACACAUAAGAUCAACGUGGCAGCAGAGAAGGGAGCAAAUGGGGUGAUCAUCUAUAAUUAUCCAGGGACCGGCAACAAGGUCUUUCCCAUGUCUCACCAGGGAACGGAAAAUAUAGUCGCUGUGAUGAUAGGCAACCUGAAAGGCGUGGAACUUUUGCACUUGAUUCAGAAAGGAGUCUAUGUGACGGUCAUCAUUGAAGUGGGAAGAAUGCACAUGCCAUGGCUCAGCCAUUAUGUCAUGUCUCUGUUUACCUUCCUGGCUGCCACUGUUGCCUACCUUUUCCUGUACUGUGCCUGGAGACCUAGAGUGCCCAAUUCUUCCACCAGGAGGCGAAGACAGAUAAAGGCAGAUGUGAAGAAAGCUAUUGAUCAGCUUCAACUGCGAGUGCUCAAAGAAGGGGAUAAGGAACUAGAUCCAAAUGAAGAUAAUUGUGUUGUUUGCUUUGACAUGUACAAACCCCAAGAUGUAGUACGUAUUUUAACUUGCAAACAUUUUUUCCAUAAGGCAUGCAUUGACCCCUGGCUUUUAGUCCAUAGGACAUGCCCCAUGUGCAAGUGUGACAUUCUGAAAACUUAAGAAACCCAGAGAAUCUUCUAAAGAUGUAACCAGAUCUUCCCAAAUACUAAGAUUAAAUGAAUUCUCUUAUUGCAUUUUACAUAGAGAGAAAAUUUCAGCUUCCCUAUCCAAGUACUAAAGAGGGUGAAAUUCGUGUGUUUUAAAAAUAAAAAUCUGUAUCAUGCCUAGC